UUGAUACAGCCAAUGAUAGUUAAUGCGAUACAUACUGUUGGUGAUCAAACAGUCGAGCCAGUGGCGUGCGUCGUAAAGCUUCAAAUCUCUCAUUCAUUUCGCGCGAUCAACCUGUUGUCGGAUUAUAAAGUCUUCUUUCUAAUUUACGUUUAAUGUUAAAGAUGACGCCUCUACUUCGGUGGGUGUUGCUGGCGUUGCUGUUGGCCAUGGUGGUCGCGCAUCCGGUCGAGCACGCAUGCGUUUAUCUCUGCCGUGCACGGAACACCAGCCCCGAGAUCACGGGAGGCUGCGAGCACCAGCAGAAACUCGUUCUUCAGUCCAGCGGAGGCCGGUUCCCGAUUCACCGUCUCUUCAGGCUCUGCUUGACCCCGUGUCAUGGUUCGUCGGAUUUGCUCGUCUUCGACAACACCCAUACCUGUCGUACGUUUCGACAGACGCUUAUCCAGUAUCACGGUUGUUCCUGCGACGACCUAAAUUAUGGCGAAACAAGGAAUAACCAAGAAAAUCCUUCGACAGUCAAGAAAUUCGAAGAGGAUCAGUUGAAGGGGACCGAUGUAACGAGGAUGUUGGAGAAGGCGGGCGAACAACAGAUUGUUCGAGGUCAAAGUUUAAAGACCAAAGAUGUUCGUCGAUACAUCACGGAGAUCAAAGUGGAAAAGGAUAUAAUCCAAGCAGACUUUAAAGAUACCGACAAUUUAAAUAAAGCAGACUCUGAAGAGACACCUAAAGAUGCUGCUACUGGUAUUUUAGAGAAACCAGGCUCCAAAGAUGAUGCUUCUCGCAAGGAAGAUUCCACGGAUGAGACAUCUGUAGACUGGGACCGAUGGUGUAUGAACCAAUGUGACAACGGUAAGGGUGGAAGCGCUUGUAACUGUGACAUAAUACCGUGAAGAGGAAGAUGGGCUUCCGGACGAUGAAGGCAACAGAUUUACGAAUUUACAUAUCUCGUAGGUUAGUCGGAACAAUGGUACCGAUAGAUAUAAGGUUAGUUUCUUUGAUUGAUAACACGUAAACACCGUUUAUUUCGUGUAUCUUUCUUUCUUUUCCUAAUCUAUGUAUAUUCCUCGAUAAUCCUCGUCGGGGCGAGAUUCGAUCGUAUAUUACGAUUCAUGUAUACAAUUCCAAUAAUCGCGAUCGGCGGAUAAGAAAAAAGUAUUUCGUGUCUUUUAUCUGAAGAUGCUUUCGACCCAGCUGCUCGUUGUUAAUCUACCGAUCAACGAGAUAUCGACAAUGUAAGACUGUAGUGGAAUAUUUUUUUCGAAACGAUCGCAAUCUGCGAUUAUCGGUCUUUAGAUGGCUUAAUUGCUUUCCUAGGCUUAAGAGACUUCUUUAGACGCUAGGUCCGGUUCACGCGCUCAACGGGGGGAGCUUAACGACCAGGGAAAAAACUUUUUAUCAGACCGCAAUAGAGGGAUUUUCUUCGAGACAAAGGAGGCUUUUCGUUGUCACGAAUUAUCGACCGUUCUCCACGAUAAAAAUGACACAUCCUUCACACGGUAUUUACAGUUCAGGGAAACGAUAAAGAACACUGUGAGCAUCGUUCUAGAGGCGUGUGAACAGGACAAUAAAGUGCAAUGUGUGUAUUAUGCAAUAAACGAUAUUUAUACGUGGCAGCGGUGCAACAAACGCGUGCACCCGCGCGUCGAUAUACGUCUAGUUUCCUAAGAUUUCUUCUAGUUGUAAUAAAUAAUCUUUUACACAACGCCGGCGUAUCUUAAUUAAUAAUGCUGUAUUUAAUAUUAGGAUAUCAAUAGUUUAAGGUAUUUGUUAAGGGAAAUGAAACAAAAUCCAUGUCUUCCAAUUUCGUAGUUUCCUUCAUACUUCGCGUAUAAUCAAGCCUCGAACAUGAUCGGAUGUAAUAAUCCGACAGGCGAGCAGAACAAUGCAAGCAUGCGAGUACUUGUUGUAGUUGUUAUUUAGGCGAUUAUUUUUUGAACGCGAUCACGUUCCGGUUCGAGGGAAAUCGAUGGUGAUUGUAAAACGAUUCAUCGGGUUCCUUAGAACGAAACGUUCAUUUCGUUCAUUUUAUAUAGUAUGCCGUUCAAAAAAACGUUGUGACGCGACAAUAAGACGUAGAUUCUAGUAUGCCUGUGCGAUGCAAAACUUUGUCUUUCGCGCACUUUCGACACAUACAUCUAUCUGUUAAAAAAAAAAGAAGAUACAGUUAAAAUGUAUUUCUGUAUGAAUCAUGCGUCCUUACGUUAUAAUAAAUACGGCGAACAGUAAAAAAUUGGUUUUUCUGUUAGGAUCGAUCUACACAUUGAAAUAGUUCCGUAAUAAUAGUAGGAAAUGCGCGAAAGACUCGACUUCAGCAAUUUAUUAUCUGGGCUAUGUAAUAGUUGUAAGUGAAGUAAUUGCUUUGUAAAUAUAAAUACGAAUAAUCGGAAAUUUUAUUUAACUAACGAUAUAAUAUCGAGGAGUCAAAACUUGUGGGGUACCAAUUUACAAAUCUAGAAUAUAAUCUGCACAAUUUAAUCGUUGUUAACGUUUACAUGGAGUUAUUGUAUUCUGAUAUGUACCUACACGUAAAAAAUGUAUGUGGUUGCUGCCGGUAAGCAGUCAUGGAAAAUAAUUAAGCGAUAUUAUAAUUAUAAUUAUAUUAAUAUUAUUAGUAUUAACGAAUAUUACGCUCAAAGGCUCGUUUAUCGGCAUAUUUACGAGUUAAUCCGUGUCUCUAAUAUAUUUGUAUUAUUUAUGUUUGUGAUUGUACAUUAUGUAUAUAUCGUAUAAGUAAAUAAUCUUUGCAUUAUGUUUUGUCAUACGAUAAAUAAAGAAUAUUGUAAUCUAAA